AUGGCCGUGUUCCAGGCGGCGGGUCCGGCGACGACCGACACCCUGCUCGAAUACCGAAGCACUUUGUCCGAACUCUAUGCAGCAACCUUCUGCUUCAGGUUUCGAAUCCGUCAGUCGAGGUCUUUGAACACUAUUGUCUCGUACGCGCUUUCGGACGAAGGGGAUGAGAUCAAUUUGAGUGUGAACUACAUCGACCGCUCCUUCGUGUUCCUCUGCUGCCAGGACUGGGUGGAGCUCGAGCUGAAGCUGUCGGUGGGUCUGAGGGAGUGGAUGUCCUUCUGCUUCGCCGUGGAGCUGAAGGAGCGGCGGUGGACGCUCGUCAAGAACGGCGAGACGUGGACGGGCAGGAUUCGGGGGGAAGCGGCGGACGCCCAGCCGAUCCGGGCGGGCGGGAACCUGGUCAUCGGGCAGGACCAGGACUCGUUGGGGGCGGGGUUCAACGAGUUCGAGAGCCUCUCCGGGUGGCUGGUAGACCUGGCCAUCUACGACCAGGUGCUGACGGCCGCCCAGAUGGUCGACUUCACCACCUGCAAGGAAAUCACGCCGUCCGUUGCCCCGGUGGUGGACUUCUCGAACAUCAAGCGGGACUUCGAGGUCAGGAACGUGGACCUGGACUCCAUCGGGAAGUAUAAGACCUGCGAGUCCGACAGGAAUUUCAACCUCAUUUUCCCGGAGCUGCGCGUGUUCGAGGACGGCCGCCUCCUGUGCCACAUCGUCGGCGGGAGGCUGUCCGUCCCCAGGAGCGCGGAGGAGAACGUGGAGCUGUUCAACAAGUCCCUCCCGAUCCAGGAGUACUGCGGCGAUGGGUACGCGGAGACGCUGUGGCUGGGCGUCACCGGGGACGUGCCCCAGCAGGAGUGGCACCACUACGCCACGCGCGACCCCCUCAAGUACUCCAAGUUCGGCCCCGACUCGGACUUCGGGAUGCCCAUCGUGAGGCCCGACACCUGCGUCGCCUUCCGCGGGAGCAACGACACGGCGGAGGAGGACUUCGGCGUGUGGGUGCCCAGCGACUGCGACCUGGAGAUGUGCCCCGUGUGCCACUUCGACCAGGUGGGCCUCAUCCGGAUGCGCGGCCUCUGCAAGGAGUCUGAAUUCGACCGCGACUACUUCCUCACCCACGACCAGGGCUCGCUCUCCUUCACGGGCGUCCUCUACUCCGAGAUCGUCAAGAACCCGCCGUCGCCCGAGAAGUCCUCCUCCGACUUCGGCUUCUGGACGCUCACCCGCUUCGACAAGCCGCAGGUGACGGCGGUGCUGCACAUGACGUCGCCCACGCACUACCCGCUCGGCCUCAACACGUGGCACGUGGACAACGACGUCUGCGGCAAGUCGACGGUCCAGCUGAUGAUGACGUCGUGCAAGGACGGCCAGUUCUCCUGCAGGGACGGCACCUGCAUCGUCAUCCAGCAGCGGUGCGACCUGGAGGCGGACUGCCCCGACGGCACGGACGAGGUCGACUGCGACUUCCACUCGAUGCCCAAAGACUACGACAGCCACUCGCCGCCCUCGAGGCCCGACCGCACGCAGCCCAUCCAGGUCAAGCUGUUCAUCACCAUCCUGUCGAUGCGGGGCGUCGACCUCUCCAACUUCGGCUUCACCUGCGAGAUCGAGGUCAGGCUCCAGUGGACGGACGACCGCCUCCGCUUCCACCACCUCAACUUCGCCGAGACGCUCAACAUCCUCGACGGCAACAGCAUGCCCUGGGUGCCCAAGCUGGAGUUCCUCGGCGACGGCGACACCACCAGCACCGUCGUCGAGCGGAGGCGCGCCGUCAGGGUCAGGCGCUUCUCCAAGAAGCCGCUGCCGGACAACGACGAGUACAUGUUCGAAGACGAAAUCUUCGACAGUUCCGAAAACCCGUUGGUCUUGGUCCGGAAACUCACGGUCACCACGUCAUGUCAGUUCGAUCUCGAGGCCUUCCCCUUCGAUACCCAGACGUGUGGCCUGGGCGUGUUACUCUCGGGCAUCACCAAAGAAUACGUCAUAAUUGUCCCCGACGGAAAAGGCGUGAACUUCGUCGGCCAGAGGAAACUUCUAGAAUAUUUCCUUUCGUCCGAGAAGAUGGUGCAACGGGAUGAGGUGAGCGCCUCCAUUCCGCACACGGCCUACCUCAAGCUGGUUGACAUCUGGUUCGUGUUUUGUAUCGUGAUGCUGUUCCUGGUGGUGGUGGCGCUCGUGACCAUCCACUACGUUCAGUUGAGACUCUCACAAGAGGAGUCGAGAGCGUCGCCCAUGCUCGUAGGAGACGUGAAAUCGGGCCCGAGGGUCCUGCAGGACGCCCAAGCCCUCAGGAAGAAGAGGGCGGCCAAGGUCAACCUCUUCUGCAGGGUGUUCUUCCCCGUCGUGUCCGCUGUGUUCCUUGUAUCGUACUACAUCGCCGCCGUCGCUAUGUAG